AUUAACCCAAUCACACUCCUAAUUAUCUACUUCACAAUUCUUAUAGGACCCAUAAUUACUAUAUUUGGCUCCAACCUAUUCACUAUGUGAAUCGGCCUAGAAAUAAAUCUAUUAGCCCUGAUUCCACUAAUAAUAAGCAACUCUAACCCUCGAUCCACAGAGGCGGCCACAAAAUAUUUCCUAACCCAAGCAACCGCCUCCAUAAUCCUCCUCAUAUCUAUCAUCAUAAACUUUAAACAACUAGGACUAUGAACAUUUCAACCAGAAACCAGUAGCUUCAUUAUAACUAUAAGCUUCAUUUCGCUAGCAAUCAAAUUAGGGCUAGCCCCCUUCCACUCAUGACUACCUGAAGUCACCCAAGGAAUUGAACUAAAAGUAGGCCUAGUCCUACUAACAUGACAAAAAAUCGCCCCCCUGUCAAUUCUAUCCCAAUUCUAUGAACUAAUAGACUCCAAAAUAUUAAUCUCAUCAGCCAUUGCCUCAGUCCUAAUUGGAGCCUGAAAUGGACUGAACCAAACACAAGUACGAAAAAUUAUAGCCUAUUCAUCUAUCGCCCACAUAGGCUGAAUAAUCUCUAUUCUACCAUACAAUCCCUCCCUCACAACACUCAACCUACUAAUCUACAUUAUCAUAACAAUCCCCAUAUUCUUAGUCUUCCAUGCACACUCAUUUACAUCUAUUACCUCCAUAUCACUUAUAUGAAACAAAAUACCUAUAGCAAUCCCCAUAAUCUCAUUAAUUCUACUGUCAACAGGAGGUCUUCCACCACUUACCGGAUUCCUACCAAAAUGAGCUAUCAUCACAGAACUACUAAAAAACAACAACCUAAUCCUAGCCACACUAAUAGCAAUAACCGCCCUAAUCAACCUUUUCUUCUAUACCCGACUAAUCUACUCUACAUCCCUAACCACAUUCCCAACAAACAACAACUCUAACAUAUACAUUCAACAUACCCACACCAAGACCAACAAUAUCUUACCACCCCUCAUAAUUUUAAGCACAAUAUUACUACCCCUAUCCCCCUUACUUCUAUAG